AUGGGGGCAUGGAGAGCUGGCCCCAAGAGGAGAGUCACCCCACCCCCUCACCUCAAACAGCCCCACAGACAAACAGCCCCAAGAGGAGAGUCACCCCACCCCCUCCCCCAUCCCGAGUUAGUCGGCUCACACCCCCUCACCUCAAACAGCCCCAAGAGGAGAGUCACCCCACUCCCUCCCCCAUCCCGAGUGAGUCGGCUCACACCCCUCACCUCAAACAGCCCCAAGAGGAGAGUCACCCCACGGCUCACCCCCCUCACCUCAAACAGCCCCAAGAGGAGAGUCACCCCACCCCCUCACCUCAAGCAGCCCCACAGACAAACAGCCCCAAGAGGAGAGUCACCCCACCCCUCCCUCAAACAGCCCCAAGAGGAGAGUCACCCCACUCCCUCACCUCAAACAGCCCCAAGAGGAGAGUCACCCCACUCCCUCCCCUCAAACAGCCCCAAGAGGAGUCACCCCACCCCCUCCCCUCAAGCAGCCCCAAGAGGAGAGUCACCCCACUCCCUCACCUCAAACAGCCCCAAGAGGAGAGUCACCCCACCCCUCCCCUCAAGCAGCCCCAAGAGGAGAGUCACCCCACCCCCUCACCUCAAGCAGCCCCAAGAGGAGAGUCACCCCACCCCCUCCCCUCAAGCAGCCCCAAGAGGAGAGUCACCCCACCCCCUCACCUCAAGCAGCCCCAAGAGGAGAGUCACCCCACCCCCUCACCUCAAGCAGCCCCACAGACAAACAGCCCCAAGAGGAGAGUCACCCCACCCCUCACCUCAAGCAGCCCCACAGACAAACAGCCCCAAGAGGAGAGUCACCCCACCCCUCACCUCAAGCAGCCCCUCACCUCAAACAGCCCCAAGAGGAGAGUCACCCCACCCCCUCACCUCAAGCAGCCCCACAGACAAACAGCCCCAAGAGGAGAGUCACCCCACCCCUCACCUCAAACAGCCCCAAGAGGAGAGUCACCCCACUCCCUCACCUCAAACAGCCCCAAGAGGAGAGUCACCCCACCCCCUCACCUCAAGCAGCCCCAAGAGGAGAGUCACCCCACUCCCUCACCUCAAACAGCCCCAAGAGGAGAGUCACCCCACCCCUCACCUCAAGCAGCCCCACAGACAAACAGCCCCAAGAGGAGAGUCACCCCACCCUCAAACAGCCCCAAGAGGAGAGUCACCCCACCCUCACCUCAAACAGCCCCAGCCCCACAAGAGGAGAGUCAACCCCUCCCCUCACAGCCCCAAGAGGAGAGUCACCCCACUCCCUCACCUCAAACAGCCCCAAGAGGAGAGUCACCCCACCCCUCCCCUCAAGCAGCCCCAAGAGGAGAGUCACCCCACCCCUCACCUCAAGCAGCCCCAAGAGGAGAGUCAACCCCCUCCCCUCAGCAGCCCCAAGAGGAGAGUCACCCCACCCCUCACCUCAAGCAGCCCCAAGAGGAGAGUCACCCCACCCCCUCACCUCAAGCAGCCCCACAGACAAACAGCCCCAAGAGGAGAGUCACCCCACCCCCCUCACCUCAAGCAGCCCCACAGACAAACAGCCCCAAGAGGAGAGUCACCCCACCCCCUCACCUCAAGCAGCCCCACAGACAAACAGCCCCAAGAGGAGAGUCACCCCACCCCUCACCUCAAACAGCCCCAAGAGGAGAGUCACCCCACCCCCUCACCUCAAGCAGCCCACAGACAAACAGCCCCAAGAGGAGAGUCACCCCACCCCCUCACCUCAAACAGCCCCAAGAGGAGAGUCACCCCACUCCCUCACCUCAAACAGCCCCAAGAGGAGAGUCACCCCACCCCCUCACCUCAAGCAGCCCCAAGAGGAGAGUCACCCCACUCCCUCACCUCAAACAGCCCCAAGAGGAGAGUCACCCCACUCCCUAGCAUUGAGCGGACCGAGAUCCCACAACAGCGUUGCUCUGCCAUUGAUAUGAGGGAUAUAUGA